CGAAAAUGUAGUGAAAUUUGACAAAUUUUAUCAGAAAGGAAAUAUCAGUAUUUCUUAAUAAGAUAAAAUAUAAUCAUAUAUUGCAGUUAAUAAAAAAGUCACUAUGAUAGAAUCUUUUCUUAUUAAAUGAUGGCGGUUAUGACUACAUUGAAGCUUUGGAACCAAUGAAAGCAAAUUCAAUAUAAGAAUGGUGCUGUUUAGGCAUAGUAAGUUAUUAAACAAUAGAAAUUUAAGUUUUUUACGUUUGAAAAGUCAUAACAAAAAUGAAAAUACAUUUCAAGUUAAAUUUAUGUCGAGCAAUACUGUAGAAAACAUACAUAUAGAGUUAUCUAAUGGAUCAGAAAUUAUACUAUCAAGUGGGAAAUAUGCACGAUUUACAUCUGGGUGUGUUACUGCUACGCUUGGCGAUACAUCAGUCAUGACUACUGUGGUUAGGAAAAAUGAACCAUGCAAUGAUUCUGUAAUUCCAUUAACUGUGAACUACAGACAAAAAGCUUCUGCAAUUGGACGUAUACCAACAAAUUUUCUUCGUAGAGAAAUAGGUUACACAGAUCACGAGAUCCUUAUUAGCAGAAUAAUAGAUAGAUCUGUACGUCCCUUAUUUCAGCCAGAAUACUGCUAUGAAACACAAAUAGUAUGUAAUUUAUUAGCUAUUGAUGGAAUUAAUAAUCCAGAUAUAUUAUCCAUUAAUGCUGCCUCUGCAGCUUUAAGUAUUUCGGAUAUUCCAUGGAUGGGACCUGUAGCAGCUGUAAGAGUUGGUUUAAUUGACGAUACAUAUAUAAUUAAUCCUACAAAACGUGAUCUUCAGAAAAGUAAAUUAAAUCUUGUACUGUCAUCUAUGUCCAAGAAUUUAAUUGUCAUGAUAGAAGGAUCGGCAGAUAAUAUUUUAGAGCCAGAACUUCGAAAAGCAAUAAAAAUAGGUGUUAAAGAAUGUCAAAUAAUUAUACAAUCUAUAAAAAAAUUACAAAAUCAUGUUGGCAAACCUAAAUUACAAAUUAACAAAGGCAGUGAAUUAAACAAUGAUGUGGAAGAGUUUGUAAAAAAUUUUGCAGAGCAUGAAAUACGUGAAAUUUUUAGUUGUCAUUCUCAUGACAAAAUUUCGCGAGACGCUGCUAUUUUUGAUCUUAGAGAUAGGAUGUUAGAAAGUAUAACAAAUCGUGGUUCAGAUUUUAUCCAAAAUGCUGUAAAAGCUUUUAAUAAAAUUUCUAAGAAAAAUUUCAGAUCUUUAAUAUUUGAAACAGAUAUAAGAUGUGACGGUCGUGCAAUAAAUGAGUUGAGAGAUAUAGAAUGCCAGGUUGAUUUAUUUCGGCCUCUUCACGGCUCAGCCUUCUUUCAACGAGGACAAACUCAAGUUUUAUGCACAGUAACUCUUGACAGUAUAGAAAGUUCUCUUAAAUUAGAUAAUAUCUCAAUGCUAUCUAGUGGUAUAAAAGAAAAAAACUUCUUUUUGCAUUACGAAUUUCCACCAUAUGCUGUAAACGAAACAGGUAAACUUACUGGAUAUGAUCGUAGAGAAAUUGGUCAUGGAGCAUUAGCAGAGAGAGGAUUGCGAGCGGUUAUACCAAAAGAUUAUCCAUUUGCUAUAAGAUUAACAAGCGAAGUAUUAGAAUCUAAUGGCUCGUCUUCUAUGGCUUCUAUUUGUGGUGGUAGUCUAGCAUUAAUGGAUGCAGGUGUGCCAAUAUCAUCUCCUGUUGUUGGUGUAGCUAUGGGAUUAAUAUGUAAUCCUCAUGCUAUUGAGUUAACGGAUGACGAUUACAAGAUUUUAACUGAUAUAUCAGGUAUAGAAGAUCAUUUUGGAGACAUGGAUUUUAAAAUUGCGGGUACAAAAAAAGGGUUUACAGCUUUACAAGCUGAUAUAAAAAUAGCGGGAGUCCCUUUAAAAGUGAUAAUGAGAGCUAUCGAAAACUCAAGUGCGGCUAAAAGUCAAAUUCUUCAUAUCAUGAAUUCAGUAAUAUCUACUCCAGCAAGUAACAAGAAAGAAAAUAAACCUAUACUUGAUACCAUAGAAGUACCCAUUCAUCAAAGGGGAAAAUUUCUUGGGAUCGGUGGCUCGAACAUAAAAAGAAUUUUAUGUGAAACUGGAGUUAAUAUACAUUCGCUAGACGAUACAGUGUUUUCUUUAUUUGCACCUAAUCAAAAUGCAAUGAAUGAAGCCAAAGAAAUGAUAAAUGAUAUUAUACAAAAAGAUGUGGAACCAGUAUUGACAUUUGGUGACAUCUAUACUGCAAAAAUAACUGAAAUUCGUGAGACUGGGGUGAUGGUUACAUUGUAUUCCAGUAUGGUACCAACGUUAUUACCUAAUUCGCAGUUAGAUCAACGUAAAAUUCAUCAUCCUGACGUACUAGGAUUGAAUGUCGGAGAUGAAAUAAAAGUGAAAUAUUUUGGACGAGAUCCGGUGAAUGGGCGCGUUAGAUUAUCUCGAAAAGUGUUGCAAGGCCCAAUUAUUUUUGAAAAAGAUUUUAAUAUUAUUAAAAAGACUUUGGAUGCACAUAAAACACAACUAUGAAAAUUCACUACAAACACAGGCACAGAGUGAUCGUAAAGGAGCUGUCGAGGAAGAAACGUUAGACUUACAGAAAGUACCUGAUGAGAAUGCGAGAGAAGACUGAAUGUUUUAUACAAGAAGGAAAUUGUACGUUCGAUAAAUUAUGAAAGACAUUUUCUCCAUGCAAAUACCUGCUGCAUAUUCGAGUUGUUGAGUUUCACGAGCAUUGUAAUAUUCGAUAUUUCCGUAUCAUAAAUGUAAUCUUGUUCAAAACAAAACAAAGAUACGGGUAAUUGAUAA